AUGAGAAGAGGAAACAUCUCUCCUGCCUUCUGGUUCCUGUGGCUGCUUCUCUUUGGACUUCUGGGACCCAGCUCUGAGAAUACCACAGCCUUCACAAAAGGCUCUGACACCACCACAGCCUCCAUCACAGGCUCUGAGACCACCAUGGCCUCCACCAUGGCCUCUACUAUGGCCUUAACUACAGGCUCUAAGAUCACCACAGACUCUACCACAGGCUCUGAGACAACCUCGGCCUCCACCAUGGCUUCUACUGCAGCCUUCACCACAGGCUCUGAGACCAACACAGCCUCCACCACAGACUCAGGGACUACUAUAGCCUCCACUAGGACCUUCACCACACGCUCUGACACAACCACAGCCUCCACUGCAGGCUCUGAAACUAUCGUGGCCUCCACCGCAGUCUCUGAGACCACAACAACCUCUACUACAGCCUCCACUACAGUCCCUGAGACUACCAUGGCCUCAAGCACAACCUCCAAUGCAGGCUCGGAGACAACGAUGGCCUCCUCCAUAAUUUCUGAGGCCACCAUGGCAUCCACCACAGGCUCUGAGACCACCACAGUCUCCACCACAGGCUCUGAGACCACCACCACCACCACUGCAGGCUCUGAGACCACUAAAGUCUCUACCACAGGCUCUGAAACCACCACAGCAUCUACUGCAGGUUCUGAGACCACCACAACCUCCACCUCCACAGCAGGCUCUGAGGCCACCACAACCUCAACUGCAGACUCCAAGGUGAUCACGGCAUCCAGCAUGAGCUCUGAGACCACUAUGGCCCCCACUGCAGGCUCUAACACCACCACAGCCUCUACCACAGGCUCUGAGACCAUUACAGUCCUGGUUAAAGCCUCUGAGACCACCACAGCCUCUAUAGAAGAUUCUGAGACCACCACCCCCUCCUCCACAGGCUCUCAGACCACCAUAGUCUGUAUUUCAGGUUCUGAGAUCACCACCACCUCCAUGGCAGGAUCUGAGACCACCACAGUCUCUAGUGCAGGCUCUGAGACCACCACAGCUUCUACGGCAGGCUCUGACACCACCACCAUCUCCAGUGCAGGCUCUGAGACCACUACAGUCUCUACCACAGGCACUGAGACCACCAUGGUCUCCACCAUGGGCUCAGAGACCACCACAAACUCUACUGCAGGCUCUGAGAUCACCACAAUCUCUCCUGCAGGCUCUGAGACCACCACAGUCUCCACCAUGGGCUCUGAGACCACCAUAAACUCUACUGCAGGCUUUGAGACCACCACAGUCUCAACUUCAGGCUCUGGAACCACCAUGGCUUCUACCACAGGCUCUGAGACCACCACAGCCUCUACUGCAGAUUCUGAGACCACUGCAGCCUCUAUUACAGGCUCUCAGACCACCAUGGCAUCCACCAUGAGCUCUGAGACCACUGAAGCCUCUACCACAGGCUCUGAGACCACCAAGGUCUCCACUGCAAGCUCUGAGAUGACCACAGUCUUCACUGCAGGCUCUGAGACCACCACAGUCUCCACCAUGGGCUCUGAGACCACCAUCACCUUUACUGAAGGCUCUGAGGCCACAACAGUCUAUACCACAGGCUCUGAGACCACCACAGCCUCUACUUCAGACUCUGAGACUACAACAGCCUCUACUGCACAUUCUGAGACCACUGCAGCCUCCACUAUGGGUUCUGAGACCACCACAGUCUCAACUGCAGGCUCUGAGACCACAGUCUCCAUUGCAGGCUCUGAGACCACUGCAGCCUCUACUGCAGGCUCUGAGACCACCGCAGCCUCUACUGAAGAUUCUGAAACCAACACAGUAUCUACUGAAGAUUCUGAGAGUACCUCAGCCUCUACUACAGGGUUUGAGAUAACCACAGCCUCUAUUACAGGCUCUGAGGCCACUAUGGCAUCCACCAUGGGCUCUGAGAUCACUAUGGCCUCUACCAUAGGCCCUGAGACCACCAAGGUCUCCACUGCAAGCUCUGAGAUGACCACAGUCUUUGCUGCAGGCUCUGAGACCACCACAGCCUCUAAUACAGGCCCUGAGACCACCACAGCCUCCACCAUGGGUUCUGAGACUACCACAGAUUCUACCACAGGCUCUGAGACCACCACAGCCUCUACUACAAGCUCUGAGACUACUAUGGCCUCUACCAUAGGCUCUGAGACCACCAAGGUCUCCACCGCAAGCUCUAAAAUGACCACAGUCUUCACUGAAAACUCUGAGACCACCAUAGCCUCUACCACAGGCUCUGAGACCACCACAAUCUCCACUGCAGGCUCUAAGACCAUCCCAGCCUCUACAGCGGGCUCUGAGACCACUACCAACUUUACUGAAGGCUCUGAGGCCACAACAGUCUAUACCACAGGCUCUGAGACCACCACAGCCUCUACUACAGACUCUGAGACUACCACCACCUCUACUGAAGGCCCUGAGACUACCACAGCCUCUACUGAAGGCUUUGAGACCGCUACAGUUUCUACCACAGGCUCUGAGACCACCACAGUCUCUGCUAAAGGCUCUGAGACCACUAUAGUCACUACUAUGGGCUCUGAGACCACCACAGCCUCUACUGCAGGCUCCGAGACCACCACAGUCUCUACUGCAGGCUCUGAGACCACUACAGUCUCCACCACAGGCUCUGAGACUACCAUCACCUCUACUGAAGGUUCUGAGACCACUACAGUCACUAUUGCAGGCUCUGAGACCACAACAGUCUAUACCACAGGCUCUGAGACUAUCACCACCUCUACUGAAGGCUCUGAGACCACCACGAUCUCUACCACGGGCUCUGAGACCACCACAGCUUCUACCACAGAUUUGGAGACCACCACAGUCUCCACCACAGGCUCUGGGAUCACCACCGCCUCUACCGCAGGCUCUGAGACCACAACAGCCUAUACCACAGGCUCUAAGACUACCACCACCUCUACUGAAGGCUCUGAGGCCACUACAGCUUCUACCACAGGCUCUGAGACCACCACGGCCUCUACCACAGGCUCUGAGAUGACUACAGUCUCUACCACAGUCUCUGAGACCACCACGGCCUCUACCAUAGGCUCUGAUACCACCACAUCCUCUACUGCAGGCUCUGAGGCCAUCACCACCUCUACUGAAGGCUCUGAGACCACCACAGCCUCCACUGCAGGCUCUGAGACCACCACAGCCUGUACCACAGGUUCUGAGACCUCCACACCCUCCAGUGCAGGCUCUGAGACCAACACUGUCUUCAUCAUAAGCUCUGAGACAACCAUAGCUUCCACUGCAAGCUUUGAGCCCACUGCAACUUCCCUCACAGGUUCUGAGACCACCACAAUCUCUAUCACAGCUUCUGGAGCCACUGCAGCCUCCACCACUAUCUCUGCCACCACUUUUGUGCCCACUAAGGCCACUGACAUUUCUAUUGAGCCCAUCACCAAUACAGCUGUGUCAGGCACCAGAACCACUGGAACCAGACCCACUGCCUCCAGCUCUGUCACCAUGGCCCCUGGAAUGGACUCCACGGCCUCUGCUGCCAGCCAUACUGUGCCAGGAAUAGUCCCAAACACUUCUGGCCUGGGUAUAUCCACUAUGGGAGCAUCAUCUACCACCUCAGCCCUCGGCGUCAGGACCGCCACGCGAUCCACCCGUGAGCCAACCAGCAGCACCUCCCAGGAAACAGGCCCGGUGUCCACGGGCACAAACACAGUUAGCAUGAGCCACACACCCACAAACGUGAUCAAACCAAAUGGAUAUUUACAGCCCUGGGCUAUCAUCCUCAUUUCCCUGGCUGCAGUUGUGGCUGGUGUUGGAUUGUCAGCAGGACUGAGUUUUUGUCUGAGAUACCUUUUCUUCCCCCUGAGAAAUUGUGGUAUUUAUUACCCCCAUGGCCACAGGCAUGGCCUUGGUCUGGACCUGGACUUGGGCCUGGGCUCUGGGACAUUCCACAGCCUGGGAAAUGCACUGGUUCAUGGAGGAGAACUUGAAAUGGGACAUGGAGGAACACAUGGCUUUGGAUAUGGAGUGGGCCAUGGACUGAGCCACAUCCAUGGAGAUGGCUACGGAGUGAAUCAUAGUGGGCAUUGCAGACAUGGAGGAGGCCACUGA